CGCAGUCGAAACAUGAAGAAAUCUAAGAAUAUUAACCUUGGUUCCUGGAUUGUGCGCACUCUCCAAGACAAUCACUCAGCACCAGAACGAAAAGCUGCACUAGUUGCCCUUGAACUAAAGAAAUACAACAUUGACAUAGCUGCACUCAGUGAAUCUCGUCUUGCAGGAUCAUCACAGUUAGAAGAAAGUAAAAGAAGAAAGCUGCGCCACUCUGGUGAUGGUUUCGCCAUCAAGGCAGAAAUAGCUAGAUCCCUUCUUUCUCUAUCCAAAGGUAUUUCUGAUUGCAUCUUGACACUAACGUUGGAACUUGAUCAUAACACUCGUGCUACGCUUGUCAGUUGCUAUGCUCCAACCAUGGUCAGCACUGAGCAGGAAAAAGAUGACUUUUACGACCAACUCCGCGAUGUCAUCUUCAGUUAUCACCAUAGGGAUAAACUUAUCCUUAUGGGCGACUUUAACGCUCGUGUUGGUACUGAUUUCAGACGUGGGAUGGUGUACUUGGUCGCCAUGGUGUAAAUCGAAUGAACUCCAGCGGUUUCCAUGUACUCUCCAUCUGCAGAGAAUUCAGUCUAAGCAUCACAAAUACCUCUUUUCAAUAGUCAAAUUGUUGCAGAUGACCUGGAUGCACCUUAGAUCUAAGGAUUGGCAUACCAUAGACUAUGUUAUCACUAAGAAGUGAGAUAUUAGGGAAUUUAACGUUCCUUUAACACCUGCUAUCUCUCUGACCAUUCUAGUCUUCGUAGUAAGGCCUUGCUCCAUCUGAAACGCACAAAAAAAUUAAAGUCAUCAGUGCCUAAGCGCAUUAAUGUUUUGCCUUCGAAAACCGUUGAAAAGCAGGCCGAGCUUUCUAUCAAACUGGACACUGCACUCAACACUGUUGAUAUUUGUGAUGACAUUGGAUCAUCUUGGAAGGCUUCGCGUGGUACAUGCGCUCUGCAUCCGUAGAGGUUCUCGAACUUCCUGUUCGUAAACAUCAAGAUUGGUUCAAUGAUAACAGCACAGAUAUCCAACAGUUGUUAGAUAAAAUGCACAGUUCUCAUAAAACACGAGAAAUGCAGAGGCCAGGUCCAACGCGCUCUGAGACAGAUGAAGGAGGCUUGGUUGUCUUCCAAGGCUACUGAACUCCAAGAAGCUGCAGACAGAAAGGAUUCUAAAGGCUUCUAUGAUGGCCUCAAGAAAGUGUAUGGUCCUCAAGAGCACGGCGUUAUUCCUAUUUUUCCUCCAAUACAGAGACACUGUUAACUGACAAAUCUGACAUCCUGAAACAAUGGAAAGACCACUUAGAAGCCGUGUUGAACUCCACCUCAGAAACUAAUGAUGACGUCAUAAUGUCUAUUCCACAGCACGCUGAAAUACCGGAAUUGUCUCUGGCGCCAACCUUCCUGGAAGUGGUAAACUACGUUAAACAGAUCUCUUCUGGUAAAGCACCUGGCAGGGAUGUUGUCCCGCCUGAAAUCUACAAACAUGGUGGACGGAAGCUUUUCGAAAAAUUGUAUGAUCUCUUCAUAAAUAUUUGGAGGGUGGGCCGUGUACCACAAGACUUUAAUGAUGCCUCAAUUCAACAUCUUUAUAAGAACAAAAGAAACAGAAGUGUCUGUGAUAAUCAUCGUGGGAUAUCACUUCUGUCUAUUGCUGAGGGAGCUCAGGAACUUCUAGACCGGUUUUUUGCUGCAUGUAAAACCAUCAGUAUAAAGAAGACGGAAGUGAUCCACUAACCUUGCCCUACUCCUAAGCAAAUUCGAGGUGUCCAGCUGAGGCCACCGGUUCACAAUUUCCUUGACACUCCUAUACAGGCUGAUGGGAAAAAUCUAAAGUAUGUGAAGUCAUUUACAUAUAUUGGUAGUAAAGUGAAUCCGAGCGCUUCCCUUGAUGAUGAAAUCGUCAACUGUCUUGCAAAAGCAACCAACGCAUUUGAUAAACUCCGUCAUCGCCUAUGGAAUGAAACGAUACCCCACCCACCAUAUUCGCUGGACAUUACCCUAUCUGAUUAUCAUUUAUUCCGCAGUCUUCAAAAAGAUUUGGACGGAAAAAAUAUGAAUUCUGUAGACAAAGUUACAACAGUCCUGGAGGAGUAUUUUUCGUCACGGACAAGUGAAUUUUGGAAGAGGGGCCUUACAAACCUACCACAUAGAUGGAAGAGCAUUGAAGAAAAUGA